CUAUAUGCUGUGAGCAAGCGCAGCCUACUUCACGUCAUGGCUUUGACAGGCCGUCUCUUUCCUGUUGAAUUUUUUGACAAAUCAACAACUUAAAAAUGGCCAAGCGCACCAAGAAGGUUGGAAUCGUUGGUAAAUAUGGUACCCGUUAUGGUGCCUCGCUGCGUAAGAUGGUCAAGAAGAUGGAAAUCACGCAGCACAGCAAAUAUACCUGCUCUUUCUGCGGCAAGGAUUCCAUGAAGCGCUCCGUCGUCGGCAUCUGGUCGUGCAAGCGUUGCAAGCGCACCGUUGCUGGCGGUGCCUGGGUCUACUCCACGACCGCUGCCGCCUCAGUGCGCUCCGCCGUGCGUCGUCUGCGUGAGACGAAGGAACAGUAAAAACACAACAAAAUGCUCCGUUACGUUUAGAAGUUCCCGUAGUUUUAUAGACGACACGCAAUUUUUCUGUGGUUUGCGCCGCGCCGGUUGAAAGAAAAGUUCUUGCUUUUACUCUCUAAAAGCAUAAAGUGAAGAAAAAAAUACAAAUAAAAAAAUGGUUUUUACUUUCUAACAGUAA